CACGCCCUAUGCGUAAAAAGAAAACAAGCUUCAGGGCGCAGGUAUAAAAAGGGUUAAAAUCUGGCCCCACAAAUUUUUUCCAGCUUUACGCUAAUUUGAAAAUAUUCAAGGUCACCAGCACUUGUGAAAUAUCUCCACAGAAUGUUUCUCAAAGUCUGCAUUGCUCUCACUCUGGCUGUGGCUAUAGCAAACGUCGUCCACGACACUCCUGAUGGCAGAAGCCACGGCCAAGGUCAAGGUCUUGGACGCGGAGAAGAUCGCCGUCCACCAGGUCAAGACAAAGUGCGUGACAACGAAGGUGAAAGAAGAGGUCAUGGUCGAGGUGGUGCUCGUGGCCAGGCUGCAGGUCAGGCUAACCCUGCACUAGCUAGUGCCUCCUCAAACGGCAGCUCAUCUUUACCUUUGGGAGCUACCGGAAGUGCAAGUAAUGACACAGCACCAGUUUCAUCUGUUUCUUCUUCUGGAAGUAAUUCCACAGCUCCAGUCGCAUCUGUUUCUUCUUCUGGAAGUAAUUCCACAGCUCCAGUCGCAUCUGUUUCUUCUUCAGGAGGUAAUUCCACAGCUCCUGUCGCAUCUGUUUUGCCUGCUGGAGGUAAUGCCACAGAGCCCGUCGCACCUGUUUUGCCUGCUGCAGGGAACUCCACAGGGUCAUCUGGACCAGCUCCUCCAGCACCUUAAAACGCCUCACGGCAUUAAAACAAGUAGGAGCAGUCAUCCAUAAACAAGACAGUUGAGAAAGUCGCAUUCGGAAACAAAGUCCACUCAUAAUCCAUGCAAAUAAUCAAAUCGCCUUUCUUUCAGAACUUCUUGCCUUUCACUAUUCUUUUCCUGAAAGUAUAGACUUUGUGCAAAUAUUUGAGAAGCAUAGUCUUUAGAUUGCAAUAUAGUAAUCAAAUUGAUUAGUUAUCAAACAAAAAUUCUAGUUUAAACUAUAAAUCAUCAACAUUUAUUGGUUAUGCUUUUUCAUCUUCUUUGUCUCAUGGUUGGCUAGUGAUCAUUAGAUCAUAAACACAGAAAUGGUAUCAAAAUAAUUUAACAUUUUUUUAAAGCAAUGUUUAAUGUCACUGUAAACUUGUAAAUAUAUUACCAUUAAGCCUAACUGACAUUUAAUGUGUAAAUGUGUGUGUGUGUGUUCCUGUGUUAUGUCAUGUGUUCUAUUUUGUAUUAUGUGUUCUGUUUUCUACUAUAGAAGACUUCAUGAAUGACAAGCAUGAUUCAUCUUAGCAGUGUUUGUUUUUGCUUCAGUUGUAGUUGACUGGUUAGACUUACAAUUCAUAAUGAUAUGCCUUGUAGGACUAAUCGUUUCUUAUAUUGGAUUAUUUGUUAUUAAAACGUUUUAUUGAA